GCGAGCGGUAGAAGUAAGAGGGACUUCGGAGUUAUGGUGCGAGGCAGGCUACGGAGGAAUACGGGCAACUCAUAACGUUAAAUAUAUAAUAUCCUUUAGGUAUACCGAUAUUGUGUUAUUCCGUGGACCGGUGGACCCGCUUGUGUGCGCCUGUCACGAAGUGCAUUCCAGAAGCUCUACACAAUCAUUCAUUUCCAUUUUAAGAAGAGAGAGACGGAGACCGAAAGAAUUCGCUGGUACUCCUAAAAAGUUGCAGUGAGGUGAGUGAAGAAGACAUGGUGGAUUAUUAUGACAUUCUGGGAGUGUCAAGAAAUGCCUCUCCGGAGGACAUCAAGAAGGCCUACAGGAAGCAGGCUCUGAGAUGGCACCCGGACAAGAACCCAGACAACAAGGAGGAGGCAGAGGGGAAGUUUAAGGAGCUGGCUGAGGCCUACGAAGUUCUGUCAGACCGAAGCAAGCGAGAGGUGUAUGAUACCUAUGGUGAAGACAGAAUGCCCAACAACGCAGGCUCCAGUAGACAUCCCGCUCCGGAAGAUUUCCCAGGGUUCACCUUCACAUUCCGCAGUCCAGAGGAAGUGUUUCGGGAAUUCUUCGGAGGCCAGGAUCCUUUCGCCAAUUUCUUCGAUGACUUUGCGUUCGGAAGAGGGAUGCAGAGUGGCUUCCAUGGACAUCCUGGUGCUUCCAGGCUCGGCCCCAGCCGAUUCUUCUCCUUCCCCUCGGCUGGAGUGCAUGACUUCACCUCUUUCUCGUCCUCCAUGGGAGGAAUGAUGGGGGUGAACAGCAUGGGAGGAGGGAUGGGGAAUUUCAAGUCUGUCUCCACUUCUACGCGCGUCAUCAAUGGCAAACGCACUACCACCAAGAAGAUCAAAGAAAACGGUCAGGAGAGAACAGAGAUCGAGGAAGACGGGGUCUUGAAGACAGUGCUCAUCAAUGGUGUGGAGGAUGAGUUGGCCUUGGCUCUGGAGCUCAGCAAGAGAGACCAGCUGCCCCCCAGCCAGCCCUCACACACACCCAGGCAACACCUCCAGAAGCAGGCAGAGAGGAUGGUACCAGUGGAGCUCCAGACCCAGACCCAUCCACACCGACCCAGCCCCGGCUCUGGCCAGCCCUCACACACACCCAGGCAACACCUCCAGAAGCAGGCAGAGGGGAUGGUACCAGUGGAGCUCCAGACCCAGACCCAUCCACACCGACCCAGCCCCGGCUCUGGCCAGCCCUCACACACACCCAGGCAACACCUCCAGAAGCAGGCAGAGGGGAUGGUACCAGUGGAGCUCCAGACCCAGACCCAUCCACACCGACCCAGCCCCGGCUCUGGCCAGCCCUCACACACACCCAGGCAACACCUCCAGAAGCAGGCAGAGGGGAUGGUACCAGUGGAGCUCCAGACCCAGACCCAUCCACACCGACCCAGCCCCGGCUCUGGCCAGCCCUCACACACACCCAGGCAACACCUCCAGAAGCAGGCAGAGAGGAUGGUACCAGUGGAGCUCCAGACCCAGACCCAUCCACACCGACCCAGCCCCGGCUCUGGCCAGCCCUCACACACACCCAGGCAACACCUCCAGAAGCAGGCAGAGGGGAUGGUACCAGUGGAGCUCCAGACCCAGACCCAUCCACACCGACCCAGCCCCGGCUCUGGCCAGCCCUCACACACACCCAGGCAACACCUCCAGAAGCAGGCAGAGGGGAUGGUACCAGUGGAGCUCCAGACCCAGACCCAUCCACACCGACCCAGCCCCGGCUCUGGCCCCCGGUCUAUGGCCCAGCGCUCCUUCAGCUCAGCCCCCUACUUCCACUGCCCUGACGUCCCCAGCGAGGAAGAGGAGGAGGAAGAUCUCCAGAUGGCCCUGGCCUACAGCCUGUCUGAGAUGGACUCCCAGCAGAGAGUGUCCGUCGCGGCUUCAGCAGCAGACGUCAUCUCAGACUCAGACUUCCAGGCCUUCACAGGCUGAUCUGAUUGGCCGUUGCCCAUCUGACCCCUGACCUCUGAGCCUGAGGUCAAAGGUCAAAUCUCCCAUGGUGCACCUUGUCUCUCAGCCCCGCGACUUACUGUACCAGCUGAUCAACACUUUUCAAAGUUUUAUUUGAAAAAGAAAAUUAAACUGACAAAUACAAAUGUAUGUACUUCUAUGUGUGAGUGUGUAUAUAGCUAAAUGAAAAGUUUCUUUGUAAAGUAUUUUGAAUCACAAACAACUCAUCUACAUUAAAUCAUUUGCAUUUUAAACUGUCUUAUAGGAGAAUGUGUCCUGGAAAGCAUUUUAAAUCAUGACUACAUGUUUCAAUACCAUGGAAAGGUGUGAUACUAGAGUAAUCUAUAUUCAUUGAAAGCUGAUAAAUUUGCAACUCAAAUAUUUA